GCCUGACCAAGUCACAUGACCUGCUGUGCCAUAAGCUUUGCUGACAAAGAGCCAGAAGGAUUAAUAGGUGAGUUUAGAAAGAGCAUUACUUCCUUACUAUCAGUUUUAUUAUAUGUAUAUCUGUCUAUAAUUUAUUUAUUUUAGACAGUACCACUGCUAGCUGCAUUGUUAUUAUAAUUGGAAAAAAUAUAUAUUAUUAAAAUAUGUGACUGUAGGAGGUUUAAACCCCCCACCCAUAUGCACUAUUGUUGCUGAAAUUUGGUUUUCAUUUUAAUUGGUAAAAAAUAAAACCCAUAAUGUAAACUAUAACAUACUAAGGGGUAAGGGGUCUGUAUUAAAUGGCAGCUGCAAGUAGGGAGCACAGAGUAUCCCCUUUCUGCACUGAAUUGUCUUAGCUUUAAGGGAGUGUUUGGCAAAAUAUAAACAUGUUUCUCUGCACUGUUUAUGCUUGGAGCUCAGGGUAUGCAAUGUUGACUGCUGUGGAAGGAAGUUGGGAUGUGACCUGCGCGUAGAUGGGAUUUGACUUAAUAGCAGAUGUUGUGUACUGUAUCCGCUCACCUUUCAUACUGUGCAAUUGGACUUGUACUGAGAGACUAGGCAGAGGAGCUUGUUCAUCCUUGGUCAGGCUGCACUUCAGAUAGGUCCUUCUGAAGGUGGUGGACACAAGGGGUUUAGGUGAGAAAUGCACAAAAAUGGGUCAUAAGGGGGGAACCACUCCCAAGAGAAUGGGGGAAUAAAGGUAAGAUAGACAAAAGCAAGGAAGCCAUAAGUGGCGGGAAUAGGGUCGAGACAGGAACAUAUGGAUAGGAGAUACAAAUUUGAGAGAGGGCAGAAAAAAAGUGUGGGAGAGGAUAGUGAUGAAAAAAAAAUGAGCAUAUGGAUACAAUUCACACACACUACACGCAUUCCCACCACAAUCACACACUAACAAAUUUAAUAAGGGUUCCCGCAUCAAUUUAUUGGCACUAAAAAUAAAUAAAUAAAUAAAGGCUGUUAUGCAAUGGAUGCAUACGCCCUGGGUAUUUAAUUUGUUUUUGUUUCUGCACCUGUCUGUCAGAUUCCUAGCAUUCUACAGCUAGGGCUGCCUAUGACUUUAGCUAUUGACUUAUGAUACUUUACCAGCUGUUUGGCAUACAGGCUGGUGAUGGAUCACAAAAGUCCUUUUUCAUCAACAUCAGGUGGAUUUACUUACGUUUUCACUUUUGUACUGUUUGGCAUUUAGUUAGAAGUCUCAACCAAAUACAUAUUCAAAUGGGUCUGUUGUAUAUCAGUUAGCCUGAUAACAUUUCUCAAUUGGGAAUUAUAGUGGCUAUGUCAUAUUAAGGGGGACUUUGUAUAUUAUGACUGUGAGAACUGACAGCUUGACACUUUUGUCAAGUUUUGCUGAUGUGAGGCAAAGUAGUUCCUGCUUUGUAUUAUGAUAUGUUUUCAGUGCGUUGGAAUUUCAAUAAAAAAGCACAGUCAGUAUUUUAAAAAAGCACAGUCAGUAUUUUAUAUAAGAAGAUUCAAUCCAAUCAGAAGUAUUAGGAUGUAUCAAAUGCUUCUUUGUAAGAAGCAUUGUCUUCAAUUUUGUGCUAUGGGUCAGAGCAAACAGGAAGAACGCCCUAUUGACAGCUAUAAGGGCGCAACCCAGACACUUUGCAAAAGUACCAAUUUCUCUUUAAAUUUGCACUUUUGUGUAGUGAGAAUAGCCCUAAAGCUCUUAAUACAUCAAAUAAUAUUUUAAUGUCUAAUUGGAUAUCUAUCGUAACAGAAUCUUUGCCCUGGCCUCUGGGCAGUUCUGUUUUAAAAGUUAUUGUCUUCACUAGUGAUGUCGCGAACGGUUCGUGGCGAACUCCGGUCAGCUGACACAUCCCGGCAAUCUCCAGCAGACCCUCCCUCCCAGACCCUCCCACCUCCUGGACAGCAUCCAUAUUGAAGCCGCGGUUCGCGGCGAACUCCGGUCAGCUGACACAUCCUGGCCAAUCUCCAGCAGACCCUCCCUCCCAGACCCUCCCACCUCCUGGACAGCAGCCGGGAUGUGUCAGCUGACCGGAGUUCGCGGCGAACCGCGGCUUCAACAUGGAUGCUGUCCAGGAGGUGGGACAGCAGCUUCAACAUGGAUGCUGUCCAGGAGGUGGGAGGGUCUGGGAGGGAGGGUCUGCUGGAGAUUGGCCAGGAUGUGUCAGCUGACCGGAGUUCGCCGCGAACCGCGGCUUCAACAUGGAUGCUGUCCAGGAGUUGGGAGGGUCUGGGAGGGAGGGUCUGCUGGAGAUUGGCCGGGAUGUGUCAGCUGACCGGAGUUCGCCGCGAACCAUUCGUGGCGAACGGUUCGCGACAUCACUAGUCUUCACUAGUAACUAUAAGUGAAUCUGCUGUUUGUAGUCUUUUAAAUAUAAAAGCUAUUGCUAACACAUUGAUUGUGGAACACAACUUGCACAGAUCUAAAUUUACUAUGUUGGGGCGGCCAUUUUUGGUCCUCUUAGUUUGGGCGUACCAUUAGUCUACUCAGAAUGCACACAGUUUGAAGGCCUGAAACUGUCCUAGAGUGCGUUAUGAGAUGACUCUUGAAGUCAAUGAGCGUAUUCUCCAUUUAUUUUGUCCAUUUCGUCUCUGUAUGACAUGAGGAUUUAACGAGGAAUAAUGCAUUGCUAGCUGGGUGUGUUUACCAUGCAACAAUUUUGUUUAGUGUAGAAAAUAAAACACAUGACUCUUUUUUUUUUUUUUUCAGGACAAUGGAUCAAGAAGACUACGAGCCUCUGCUAGAUCCUGAUAGGCACACAAGGGAGAGUCCACAGAACAUCUAUUUAAAGUAAGCAACUGAACCACGUUGUAUAAACUCUAAACGUUGAAUGUGUUUUGUGUUUUAAUGCAGAUAAUCUACAACAAAGAUAGUAAAUAUGCCAUGACGGUGUACUACAGGGGUGCCCAAAAGUAGAUCCCCCAGAUGUUGUAGGACUACAACCCCCAUGAUGCUUUGCUUGUCCUCUGAAAGACAAAGCUUUAUGGAAGCUGUAGUUUCAAAACAUCUACAUUUUGAGCAGCAUUUGUGUAUUAUAAUGUUCAUAUUUGUGUACUAUGUUCAAAGCCCUCUGCAGUGCUAGAAGUUAGUGAGCCCUGUUAUAGAGGACUUUAAUUUGCACACUGUUCUAGUCGUAUCUCUUGAGAAUGUUAAUAUAAAUAACAACAUAUCACAAUCUCCAACGUACCGUUAUACCAUUGUCACUGAAGUAUAAACUAUAAUUAAGUUGUAUUUCCAUAUUGCAAUACUUGUGGCUGAACUCGGUGCAUUCUAGUAUUACAUAAGUCCUAUACAAUAAAGCAAUGUGUGGGGACAAGUUUGAAGAUCAAUUGGUUCUACUUUUUGUAACUCCUAAAGUGUUAGAAUUUUGUUAAGACUGAGGUACUUAGAUCUUUUACAGAUUUACCAUUUACCUGUACAUUAUGUCACCUUGCGUUCUGCAGGAAAGUUCAAAACAAAAAUCUCUAUUUGGCAACGUUUGCCGCAGUUUUGGGCCCCCUGAGUUUUGGAUUUGUCCUGGGAUACAGCUCUCCUGCAAUUGCAGAUCUGAAGAAUGCAGAUGACCCUCGCUUGGUAUUGGACAAGAAUGCAGCCUCCUGGUUUGGGGUAAUGUACCUGCUCCAUUCCUUACAUUGGCCUUGAUUUUUAUAUUUUAGGAUAAUUUUUUCAAAUUAUUAAAUAUUUGGUAAACUUAAAAAAAUAAAAAAAAUAAAAAAAUCUGCAAUAUUAACAAUUACAUUUUAGAUAAAAAAAUGUAAUUUGUAAAUAUUUUUUCAAUGUACUAAAUCAUGAAAAGCUUAUCUAACACUAUUAAAUCGAGGAUCUAAUUUGUAACUCUGCAUGCAGUAGCAGGAAAGGGCAUAAUGUGCGAAACAAAAUGCUUGGUCAAUACAACUGUCUCCCUGAAGGUCCCUCAAAUGAACACAUGUCAACCAACCAAAGUUUCUGUUUUUCUGAACGUGCUGAAAUGAUAUCUUGAAGUUGUGGAUUUGCUCAUUAAGUCCUUAAAGCCGAGAAAUGCAGUUGUCUGCUUUAAGGGUAUCGUGGAAAAAGGGAAUUGGGGGCAUACCAGGGACAUGCAUCUCUCAGCAAUGAUGCUGCUGUAGAGACCACAAUUUAUAUAAAAUACAGAUUAAGGAACAGCACACACACAAAAAUAGAGUUUUACAUUUUACAAGGGCUACUUAAAAUCACCUAUCUCAGCAAAUAGAUAUCAAACUCCGUUCCAUAUGGUUUAGCUGAGUUCCCAUAUUUGUUUGCUGAGAUAGAUGAUUUUAAGUAGCCUUGUAAAAGUGAAAACUGUAUUUUUGUGUGUGCGAUGUUCCUUAAUCUGUAUUUUAUACAACUCCCAGCCUUGGAGGCUGAGAUUCAUGAGAGUUAUCCUCCUCAGCUGGAGUAUUAAAGAUUGCCUUAUCAUGUGUAUUGAAGACCUCAGGAUAGGCUUAACUUUUGUAGGGCCACAGCCGUCCUGAGUCUCUUGCAGCCUCUGAUACUCUAUCCAUCACGUCAUUGUUCUGAUAAAAAUAGGGUCCAUAUACCUACAAAUUGUAAAGGUUUACCGUGUCAGGCUUUGAGAACAGUUGGACAUCUGUACUUGUCAGAAAUAAUUCUCUCCUUAGGAUGAAUUAACUUUGACUUAAAUACAGCGUCAGUGCUAAACUCUUCAUCACCAAAGUAACCGCUCACGUGUUGUAUCGUUGCAGAACUGAUUCCUCGUCUCGUAAGCUGAAUAUCACUUCAGUGGGGUAAAAAAACAGGAAGUUCAAUUUUUCCUGUGACAGUAUAUUCCAACGCAAAAUGUGAGAGAGACAAAAAUGACAAUAAAUGAGUUGGAGCAAAUGGCAAACAUUGUGGAAAAAACACUGUUUAAUCAUUUUUAUUUUAAAGCGACAGCACUGUAGUGCUAUACAGUGAGUGGAAAAUAAUUCAACAAAACAAGUGUGGCUAACAUAAACAAGUGGCAAUGACCUAACAAUUUAGAAAUGGAUAUUAAAGGGGUAUCCUAAGCACCAUAAGUACUGUAGUGGUUGUGGUGCCAGGAGUCCCCUGGCACCAUCUCCUGGGUUAAAGUCAAACCAUUUUCAUAUGGUUUGACCUGGGUCCAACUGGUGCUCUAUUACAUUAGUGAUGAUCCAAUGCAAGUUGUUUACAAAAGUGAAAAUUAUCAGGAACUCAAAUUGAAUUUAAAUUUUCAGGUGCCAAUAUUUGCACUGGGGAAAUUCUCCAAGAAUUGGCUGCUUUGACCUAACAUAUGAAAUCUAUAUUGAAUUCCUGAACGUACAAUUUAUGUGCACACACAAAACACAAGUGUGCCUGCAUUAGGUUUAACAGUCAUGUCACAGACAGAGAAUUAUUGCUGACAACAGCAGAAUCUAAAGCAGCGGUAAUAAAAAUGACAAUUUUUUUUUUUUCUUCCUUCCUUCCUUAUUAUUUUCUUCCUGCAGUCUAUUGUAACAAUCGGGGCUGCAGUAGGCGGAGUGUUUGGCGGCUGGAUCGUGGACAGAAUUGGCCGAAAGCUCAGUCUUAUGCUCUGUGCGGUACCAUUCGUCCUGGGAUUCACGCUUAUUAUUUCAGCACAGAAUGUGUGGAUGCUCUUUGGGGGCCGGUUUCUUAAUGGCCUGGCAAGUGGAGUCACCUCAUUAGUUGUCCCUGUAAGUAAUAAACAGUAAACAACAGUCAUUUAGCUUGUUCUAACAGAUGGCAAAUAAAUGGAACUUAUAUUUAUUCUUACAGUUCUUUAUUGUUAGAACGUUUGGCAAAUAAUGGCGGCCAUUUUUAUUAAAAAAAAAAACAUUUUUUUUUGUUUUCUUCAAGAGUCAACAUUUUUUUAGCCAAGAUUUAAUGGAUCACACCAGUCCAGAGGAACCCCAUAGUGAGCUAUUGGCACAAUUUCUAUAGCUGUUCCUAGAGAAUUUACAGCAGCGAGGAAUGUUAAAUUGGGAAUAAAAAAAUUGAUGUGUUUUUAUUCAUCCCGGUUUAUUUUUUUGAUACAAUUUUUAGGUCUAUAUUUCUGAAACUUCACACUCUGGAGUGCGAGGGACUCUUGGGUCAUGUGUUCAACUAAUGGUUGUGACUGGAAUACUGGGGUCAUACAUCGCAGGUAAUGACGUGUAUCGCAUAAUACUGACUGCCGACUGAGUGCAGAUUUAUUGCAAAACUUCUUAUUUUAUUAUACAUAUAGCUUAAUAACAUUUUGGUGUGUUUUAGGACCUUUUUGAUCAGAAGCACAUCAUAUCUGCUAAGACUUCAUAAUCCAAAUGUGUGUAACCAUCCCAAAGUGCAUGUCAGUGGCUUAUGAUUGGAUAAACUACGCUUCUGACCAAAGAUGGUUAAAAGUAGCCACCCUAAAUCUUUCAGUGCAUCUGUCACCCAAAAACCACCAUGAUCAGGCUCACUUCAGCUAAUGUGAAGUGUGACAAAAAUGCGUCCUUCUCCAGCACUGUUUAAAAACUGUUUGACUGCUUAUAAUGUUUAGUGCUAGCCCUCUCUGGGCACCAUAACCACUACACUGAGCACUACUUGGAGUGUUCCUUUGAAUUUACAUCAUUCUUAUAAGCAGAUGAAUCCCAAAACUGUAAGGUGCAUCUGUGAACGUAGACUUCUCUGCAUCUCCCCCUAGUGGUUAUAUUGUUUAUGUCUGUAUGCAGGAAUGAUAUUGGAGUGGCGUUGGCUUGCUGUGUUCUGCAGUGUUCCCCCAAUCUUUAUGCUGAUUCUUAUGUGCUUCAUGCCGGAAACCCCACGAUAUCUGAUCAAUCAGGACAAGUUCUCUGAAGCAUUAUCUGCUUUGAGGUUCCUUCGGGGUCCAGAGGCUGAUCACGAAUGGGAAUACAGACAGAUUGAAUCUAGCGGUGACGAUCAGGUGUGUUCACUCUGUGUGUUUGACAGUGCUCGCUCUUUAAACUCUGAGAAUAAAUGACUGACUGUGUGGGGUAAUCAACAGAGAUUCUGGGAGACACCAAGAUAAAUGCUGACAACCUGUAUCUAAUCACGAGAGCUGAUGUUAGAAGGAUAAUGCUUUAAUUUAAAUAUUUUGGACAAUUUUAGUGGGUUUAGUGUCCUGAAGUUGGAGGGAGAAAAUAUAUAAACAGAAACCUUUUUUUUUUUUCUUUUCUUCCAAAAUAGUUGUAGAUGCAUGGAGUAGCAAACCAGCAUGGAUGAUAGAGGCUAAUAUAAAGGAAGAUAUCUAGAAUAAUUGGGAUUGACACAUUGUUUUAGUUGUGUAGGAUAUCGCUGCUUCAUGGAGACUCUGAACUUUUUAAUAUUUAAGUAAUGCUGUAAAUAACAAAACCAGACUUUAUUAUUUCGUUAACCAUAAAAAGCUUGAAGUGAAUGUCUAAACACGCCUCUGUUUUGUCCAAUCAGGAGAGCAGUUUGAGAAUAGCAGAAUUGCGGAAUCCUUCCAUUUACAAGCCUUUUUUGAUUGGGAUCUUUCUGAUGGUAUUCCAGCAAUUCACGGGAAUUAAUGCCAUUAUGUUCUACGCAGACACCAUCUUUGAGGAGGCUAAUUUUAAGGUACCGGUACUUGGAAACUUUAACACUGUCUACAUUAUUGUGUUGACUCCAUCUUCUGCAACUGAUUCCUGUUUGGUUUCUUGCAGAACAGCAGCUUGGCGUCCGUGAUAGUUGGAGUGAUCCAGGUGGUUUUUACAGCAGUGGCAGCGCUAAUUAUGGAUAAAGCAGGGAGGAAAGUUUUACUUAUUAUAUCAGGUAUUGUGCGUGUUUGUUGUAAAACCUAUAGAGUAAAUUGAGACUCCCCACGCAGCAUGUUUGGUCAGUUAACAGUAGGAGGAAGAGAUCUAUUCACCCUUGGUGUUGCCAUCUUUGAUGACCUCAAUUCUACUCUUUACACCACAAAAUUGUCUGGUCGUUCGUUUUGGUGUGAAUAUCGUUGUAAGCCUUAAUCUCUAGUAAUGAAUGCAAACACAUCUGGGGCAGAUUUUUCCCUUGGGUGAACUCUAUUCCCUUGAUAGGAAGGUGUGUUAGCGCUACUUGAUCCCAAAAAAACGGCGUCUUCAGGUUUUAGUGUGGUGAUUGUUAGUAAGCCAAACACUUGUCUUAUAUCGGCCCUUCACACUGUUAAUAAUGGCAAGCAAAGAUAAAACGAGAUCAGCUUUCUGCGUACAAAGUUGUGUGAAGCGGUUGAAUAAUCAAGCCCAAAAAAAUGUAUGGAUUUAUUGAACCAACAAUAUUUCCACCUGCAGUGGGGUGUUGUUGAGUCCUUAUUGUAGGCUGAAACUUUGCUGGGUUCCCACUUUAGUGGAAUUAAUCUCCUGAGCCGAAUAGUCUGCUGUUGGGGUUCCAUUACUUUGUUUUGGCUUCCAACUUUUGAGGUUAGUUCUCAAUCUCCUGGUCAACUAAAUAUCCAGAUUACCAGGUUUGGGGAUAUAGCGCACAUUUUUACCUAAAACUUUGGUGUCCAAAAAUAAGUAUUUAGAAUGCAUUCAAAUUAAUAUUGGCAAAGCAUCACAGGAAUUAGUUCUGUAACAGCUGAUGAUCUACCUUUGGCCAUUCCUGCUCCAUGCUGCCUGGACAUCAUGGCAUCAUGGUGAAUGUAGUUUACAAAUCUCUGCAACGUCGAACACAUCUUAAAUUCCUAAACACCAUGGGAUAUGUAGUUCCUCAGCUGCAGCGCCAAGGCAAGUCAUCACUGUCCGUUAUGCUUGAGCAAGGCCCUUAUCACCUUUUUUUUCUGAUUGCCAAAAUUGUCUUGCUGCAGUGAAAGAUGUGGGUUUCUUUUACUCAUUGUACAGCACUGCAGUACGUGUUGGGGCUUUGGACGCUCUAAUAUCUUAAGUACUCUGACUGCGAAAUAAACUUUCCAUGAAGCUGCCUCAGUUAACCAGUUUGCUCAGCAUCAUGGGAACCAUAGUCCAUGCCAAUGAAGUGCCAGUUUAUAUGUCCCUAUGGUCACAGUAUAUAACUCUGCCAACCUCACCCAUGUCAUUCAAAAAUACAACCGGUACCCCACGUGGUUAAUUAUUCCGGGAUACAAUGCUACCAAAUCUGACAAGGCAGUUGCAUUCUUAUUAUUAAUGUGUUUUGUGAUCUCCUCUCUCUCUCUCUGUAGGAAUUACUAUGGCCAUCAGUGCCACACUGUUUGGAGUGUAUUUUAAAAUCACAGAGAUACCUGUCAACAAUGCCUCAAGACUUCUUCUCCCACCAACGGAUUUGCCCCCUAGUCCAGUGGACCACCUGGCGUGGUUGGCACUUGCCAGCAUGUGUCUCUUCAUAACUGGUAGGUACAUCUUUGCGGAAGCUGUAGGUGUAUUGUUGUUAGAGUGGAACUUGAUUGCUCAGGUUAAGGCUGAUAACCAGAUGUUGACAAAAUACAAAAUUUGCCCUUAGAAAAAAAAAUAACGUAUGGAGGGGCAACUUCGACAAACGACCCAGUAAUAUGGUGGCCAACACUGUCUGGUGCUUUCCAACACACAUGAAAAUAAUCCGGUCUUGGUAUAAAUGUUAAAUGGAUGCAGCUUAUUUGUGAUCCUACAUGGAAUGACCUUCAUCAUUGUCUGCUGGUCCUGUUUUUUCACGAUAAAGCAGAAUAGGGGAGUUGUUCCCCAUUCACUUGCUGCUUUCUCGGCAGAGCUUCUUGUUUCCAUGGAAAAUAAUUUGAACAUUUUAUAGUGCUAGUCUUUAAGGGACUGGUUUAGUCACUAAACGGUGAACUCUGGUGACUUAAAAAUAACCUGAAUUUCAGAAUGCAGACUAACAUAGAUAUGCUAUUACUUGUUGAGUUGUGGAUUUUUUCCCCAAAUUAAUAUUUUUGGCUGAAAUCUUGCAAUUUCCUUGAUAAAUCAACGUUUUAGUGACUAAACAUCUUAGUAUGAUACUAAUCGCAUCCCUAAAUAUUGAGAUAAGCACUUGAAGUAUGAUGAUGCGGGACUGACCGAAGUAUAAAUAUUUGUGGUUUGAAGUGGUCAUGGUGCUUGGAAUCUGUAUGUGCAAUGUUUCAGUUUGAAAUGCUGGAUAUAAAUUAAAGCGCUUUCUUGACGCAUAGCAUGCUGGGGACUGACGAUGACCAAUGGUGGUCAAAUUAUAGCUCCUGACAUCCCUCCCUGAUCUUCGCAUGAUGCCAAAAUACACAAUUGCUGUUUUCACAUUAUUCUUCCUCUUUUUCCCUUAACAGGGUUUGCGCUUGGUUGGGGUCCUAUCCCGUGGCUGGUUAUGUCUGAAAUCUUCCCACUGCGUGCGCGAGGGAUAGCAAGCGGUGUCUGUGUUGUUACUAACUGGGGUUGUGCCUUCCUGGUAACAAAGGAAUUCCACGAUCUCAUGGUAAGUGUUUUGGGAUUAGACAUUCUGUAUUUAUUGAUGGAAUCCUUGAUUAAAAGCAAAUAAAAAUCUACUACACUUCAAAACCUAGUGUUAAAAAAAAAACAAAAACAAUAAUGAAACAACAUUGGAAUAUGAGAGAAAGGUAAAUCACAACGCUGCACUCCCAAGGAACCACAGAUUGUCUUACGAAAAGGGGACCAUGUGGUACACUGCAUAAUUAGAGCAAAUCUGAGAUAAAUGGAACACCAGCAAGCAAUAAAGUCUAAAACCGCAAUAUAAAUUUAUAAAAUACCUUUGUAUAAUUUUAUUUAUUGCGGUUUAUCUCUCAUUUCAAUGCUCUUGUUCUGUUAUAUUAUUAAGGAAUAGGGUGCAGCACUUUCCCGACUCCCCACAUCAGACAUGGCCUCCUAAAAUACAAAGUAGCAAUUGUAGAUGCUGUAUGGUUUGGGGGUACAGUCAGAUGCAUGUAUUGCUGUUGGUAAAAAAUGUUUUUUCAAAAAUACAGCUUUAGUAAUUGAAUAAUAGCAUCUGGUAUUAUUCAGCUAAUUCCGAGAGCGUGCGAGAAUAUCCCGGACGGGGGUUGGUCAGUGAGGGGGGGUACCAAUUCCACCCAGGGCUUAACCCUUAUAGUAAAAAUAUAAACUCUCAUCUCCUUUUUUAUCGAUUGUUUGGACAUUGUAAUUAUGAAAUGAUUCUGAAGCGAUGUUUAUUAUACUAAUCUACAUCACCUGUUGGCGUGAUUUUUAGGAUCCCUAUAUCUAAUUGGCAUAUAGAUACAACUGUCAGUUUUAUGUUCAUUUUUGGCAAUGGAUAAAUUAAGCCUGUUCUAUCAUUGAAUAGACGGUUAAAUGGUUAUUUUUCUAUAUUGCAGCAAUCUUCUAACACAUUGUUUACUGUUGAAGACAUUUCAUUCAAUCAAAUACUUUGUUUAAUGAAAUUCCAAACCAGGGAUUCUCACAUGAGGUUUCCCUGAUUUUAUAUGUUUUCUAAAAAACCCUAGGAUCUUUAAGACGACCUGUAUUAAAUGAGAUAAGAUGUGCAUUCCUCAUAUAUUUCCUAUUUCUGAUCUGUUUCUCUAGGACUAUCUGACCUCGUAUGGCACGUAUUGGCUCUUUGCCGGAUUCUGCGUGUUGAAUGUCCUCUUUACCGUGUUCUACGUGCCAGAGACUAAAGGAAAAACACUGGAGCAGAUUGAAAGAUAUUUCCAGCAAUCUCAAGUGCCUGGGACUGUUGGCUCCUUUCCCAAUUCGGUUCAAUAGACUGAGGAACCGUAGCAAAAGAGCUGGAUCUGUGUUUUUUUGGGCAGCACAGGAAUAGACUGAUACAGUGUCCGACAUCGGCACUGUCACACUUUGCAAUUGUCCAGAGGAGAAAAGACUGACGUUUAUCUGUGAAUCAGGUAUUGACGUAGGUGUAUUGAGGAUUUUUCUAUUUAUUUUUUAUUUUAAAAUUUUAACACAGUUUAGGGGGCUGUAUAUUUAAUGUGCAGCUCCAGGUUUACAUAAAAAUAUCAACAGUAAACUUAUUGAAAAUACUCUCUAUCCAUUGAUAAUCUGGUGCAAUGAUCAGCGAGAGAAAAAUCUGAAUGGGAUUUUUCAGCAGGGUUUAAAGCAGGCUAAAUGCUGGCUAAGCAUCAUGGGUAAAUGCAAUCCUAAAGAAUAUCAAGAUUUAAUUUUUUGGCAAUUCCUGUGUUUUAACUAAUAAUUCUAAUACACACUCCAUUCAAUACUUGACAACAUGUGAACAAUGUGAUCAUCUGAGUCAUUCCUUGCAUAGAGAAUCAAAACCAGGAAUCAACAAACUUACACAUAGCUCCCAACUGUCCCUAGUUUGGCGCUACAGUCCUGAAAUGGUCUCCUGUCCCACCAUCCCAGAUUACUUCCCUUGUCUCCGGCAUUUGGGAAACUGCAGAGUGCAAGUGCAUCAAAAGGCACUUUUGCACUAUGCAAUAUGCUAUUGGGGCAUUAAAGGGACACUCCAUUGUCCAAAUUCCCACCAAAAUAAAUACUGUUUAGAUAUCCCCCAAUAAAAGCAUGCAUGCACUUCAUUGUGCAUGUUGUUGUGCAAGCUGUAGAUCUCCUCGUCUGGAGUCCUUCAAUGCCGCUCAGACUUUCCAUGACUGUCCAAUCACAGACCUGUUGCAGCAUGCAUGCACUUCAUUGUGCAUGUUGUUGUGCAAGCUGUAGAUCUCCUCGUCUGGAGUCCUUCAAUGCCGCCCAGACUUUCCGUGACUGUCCAAUCACAGACCUGUUGUCUGGCUGACAGCCAGAUGGGGUAACAAAGUUAAUUUAUUAUACUGCCAAUUUCUACUGAAAUCUGCACCUUUGUAAAAUGAAAAAACAAUGACACAUUCUUCACACACAAAAUCACUUCACAGCAAGCUAAAAUGCUUUAGGGGGUCUGCACUGCUCCUAUAAGACAGCAUUAAGCCCAUGUUCAGGGCACUUCAAAAGCACUCGGCGCAUGUACUGCCCUGAGUGGGGCUGGCUAGGAUUUCAGUGUGAUGUGCUGGCACAACCCUUCUUUAGCCAGUCUUUUCCACUUUUCCGGUGGGACCUCCCCUUUUGGGCAUUGCUAGUGACACAAGUGGCAACGCUGGCACUUACCCAUAGGGCCUCCCACCCUGUGUCUUUUAUACCUCCAAAUGUUGGUAGGUAUUCAAACCACGUAUAAUUUAGCAUUCUAAAAUCUAAAGCAAAUAGGUUCAAUUUGUGAAAUGAUAUGCAUGGUUUUUAUUUUUGAAUUAUAUUUUGGCUGAUGUGAUGCGCCAUUCUCUCCUUGUCACUCCACUUUCCUAAACCAGCCUUUUUCCAAGGAAAUGCCGGCGGAAUUUUUUUUUAUUUUUUUCCCAAAGGGGUGGGGGGGAGGGAGGUGGAAUCCAAAACUAAACACAAAACAAAUUGGGUUCGUUAAUUUCAAAUGAGACUCUUUCAUUUGAGUUCUUUUUUUUUUAGCUUAUUAGAAAACGCUAUUGCACUAUAUGUCGUAUUAAAUGUAAACUAUUAGAUUUUAUUAGCUGUAUUUGGGCAAAUAGUAGUAGUAUAUUUUACUGGAUUUCUCUCUUUGUACACUUGUCUAUAGUAGUCUUACUCACUGACCCAUAAUUCUGAAGCCUUUAUUUUGUCUGGUGUAGUAUUACUCCAACUCCUUCUGGUAGCAUCUACAUAAUAAUCUCAGCACAUCUGCCUGUUUAAGGAGUGAACCGGUGCUCUCCUUUAUCUUAACGUUCAUCGUCUCUGAAGGUGUGCUUAUGUAGCAGAGGUGAAACCUGACAUUGUGCUCCUGCAGUGGACAACAAUAAUAGAACUUGUGAUAUGAAAUGUAUUUUAGAGUUUAAUUGUUGAACACACAGACUCUUUAUUUUGAUCAUUUGCUGCAUUUUAGUUUUUAUAUAUGUAGCGAAGUAAUGGCUGUUACUCAAAUUACUCUUUCUCCUACAAAGAUUGUUACAAUUUUCAUUAUUUUUGGGGAAGUAUCUGAAAAACUCUUCCCCUCCUUUUGCUGAGCAGGGAGCCCUGUAGCCGCUGAACACCACUACCCGAGUUCCUAUAAUUUAAAAUGAUAUCCUGAGUUGUGACUUGCAUGUGUGUACAGUGGCCGGGAACAAUCAAUAUAUCAAUAUAUUUUCUUUAUUCAAUGUGUGUUAUUCAUCCACGAUAUUUAUUAUUUCACAGCAAGUGAAUAGUACACGUAGUUUAAUAACUAAAUGGACCUAAUAACCCCACACCAAACUUUGGGUCUAAAAACGGUUUCUGAGAUGUUUAUACUACAAAAAUGUUUUUGUUUUUCCGUCUAAGAAUUUCUAUGUGUAUAUAUAAUGUGUAUAUGUGGUUGUUUUUCGUCCUUUCCCGUUGAGGGGUACGCAAUUGAGCUGCAAUGACUACCUACUCACAGGGAAUUGUUGAAGCUAAAAUAGCAUUUUAUUUCUCUGGGUGAAGUUUGGGAUCCACUGGAUUAGUGGAACCAAUACAUGUCCUGUCCACCAGGGAGAGACUGUCUUGGUUUUUUUUGGCGUGUAAUAUUGUAUGCAGAUAAUGUGAUAUUAAUAUGAAAUAUUUUACACAGAAAGUAUAUAUUUGUGCAUGAAGAUUGUGUCCGGUGUGUUGUGGCUGCUUGUUCUGCCCCAAAAUGAUAACAGAAACUUAUCACAACACGGAUUGUUAGCCCUGGACGUUUUGUUAACGCUAUAGUGGAGUUGGUGACUUUCCAUUGAUUAGCAACACAAAAAAAGUAUUCAAUUUUUUUUCAUCAUAAUCAGACUAUUCAAAUUCUGAUAGAGCAUCAUGGAUGUUGGACGUUCUUCAGGCUUGGAGAACAACCCACUGGUUCCACCUGAUAAUGAUAAUCAUGCACGUCGUACCGAUUUAAAGACCUAAAAUACGUUCUACCAAAAAACACAGAAACGUGUGUUUAUUAAAGAAUCUUCAAAUCGUCGGGGCUUUUUGUGAUGCAUUGUCUAGUGUUCUGUUACAAGGAGAUGAUAACUGCAAUGUCUAUACUGACUUGGCAGCAGUAGAAAUUAUUUUUUAGUUAAUGUUUCUGUUAUGUAUAAAACGUAUAGGCCAAAAAUCACUUCGAUAAUGUUUUUCAGAGGGGAUUUUUUAUUUAUCCACACUACACUCUCCAACGUUUAAGUUUUGUUUUGUUUUUUUCACCCACAGUAUUUAACUAAUUACAUUUUUUUAAAUGUAUUUUUUACAUUUUAAGGACAAUCCUGUAUUCACGUUGCUUUGUCUCUAAUAUCCAAAUUUGUAUUAUAAGACAUUUUUUUGAAACAUUUGCAAUUUAUUAAUUUGUUACAUUUUGUAUUCCCUGUUGGAGAGGAAGUUCAUCACUUGUCAGUGUUCUUUUAAUCAAUAAAUAUGGAAAAUAGAAAUGUGGCGUUCUGUUGGAUGAAUCGCACAAUGGAUUAUGUUUACAAAUGAUUUGCACAUCUCAUAAUGUAUGGAAUCUUAUCUGCUGCCGUGUUUUAAAAAAAAAACAACUAAUUUUAAACUUUAAGAAUACUAAUGAAAUUAUAACAAGAAAUCAACAAUCUGAGAUUGUUUUCGUGUAUUUUCAAUGAUUUGGUGUAUUCAUUGUUUGUAAAUGAAUUUGUAUCUGUAUUUAGUAAUUAUAUGUAUAAAUACCCCUGUUUAUCCUGUGUGAAAAUCUGAAAAUAAAUAAUAG